GAUCCAGGACGACAGGAUUCUCUGUCUACCCGAAGGCACGGGUGAGGGCUCUGGGUAAAGGGUGUGACUCCUUCAGAAAGCAGGAGUCGGGAUAGGGGAUGCUAUGAUAUAAAAGGGAAAGAGGAGAAAGAUGCAGAGGUAAGAAAUGCAAGAAUGGGAUUCAGGAAGAGAACUGAUGGAAAGGCCCUGCCGUGGGGCUGAGUGUGAGAGGGGGUUCCAGGGAGGACGCCUGUCUUUUGUUUCCCCCUUACCCAGCCCGGUCCGUGAGUGAUGACCCCCAGAACCUGUUAAAGAAAUAUAGGGAACAGGAGCUGGAGGACAGAAGGAAGGCUUAUCGGUGAGUCCCAGAAAGCUUCUGAUCCCUACUACCUCUUGCUCCACCUACUCCCGACUCUAUGUUCUUCCUCCAGGUGGGGCUCCUGGAAGGAUGGGUUAAUCCUGCCUGUAGCAGGGAAGACGCAGAGGGACCUUCCCAGAAAUGAACGAUUUCUAUAGGAUAAGGAUUUGGAUUUCACCCUCUCUCUAACAAAAGACUCAGGGAUCUGACAAAAGAGCGGUGACAGAAGGUAGAAAACUGAUGUCAGUGCAAUGAGGAGCACACAACAUGUCCCAAACUGAUGUCCUCAGUGCGGGUCUAUGAUUCCUGGAAGGAUGAUGACCUCUUUGGAUACCAGUUCCUCAAUGGUGCAAACCCCAUGCUCCUGAGGCGUUCUACGAGUCUCCCAGCCAGGCUGGUGCUGCCUCCAGGAAUGGAAGAGUUCCGAACUCAACUGAACAAAGAGCUCCAGGCUAGAUCUCUGUUUGAAGCUGAUUAUACCCUGCUAGAUGGGGUCAAGCCUAACAUCAUCAUUUUUAAGCAACAAUAUGUGGCAGUCCCUUUGGUUAUGCUGAAACUACAACCUGAUGGAAGACUCUUACCCAUGGUUAUCCAGCUCCAGCCACCUCGACAUGGAUGCCCCCCACCUCUGCUCUUCCUGCCUUCGGAUCCUCCCAUGGCCUGGCUCCUAGCCAAGACAUGGGUCCGUAGCUCUGAUUUCCAGCUGCACCAGUUACAGUCACAUCUGUUAAGGGGACAUCUGAUGGCUGAGGUUAUUUCUGUGGCCACAAUGAGGAGCCUGCCCAGUCUGCAUCCUAUCUACAAGCUCCUGAUCCCCCACUUUCGCUAUACCAUGGAGAUCAACAUCCUGGCCCGGAACAAUCUUGUCUCUGAAUAUGGAAUUUUUGAUCUGGUGGUGAGUACAGGUAGUGGAGGCCAUGUGGACAUUCUCCAGAGAGCCACAGCUUGUUUGACUUAUCGUUCCUUCUGCCCUCCUGAUGACCUGGCUGACCAUGGGCUCCUGGAUGUGAAAUCUUCUCUCUAUGGCCAAGAUGCCCUCAGGCUGUGGGAAAUCAUCAGUAGGUAUGUGCAUGAGAUGGUGGGACUCUUCUAUAAGAGUGAUAAAGCCGUGAAGCAAGAUUCAGAGCUGCAGGCCUGGUGCAGGGAGAUCACUGAAACUGGACUGCAGGGUGCCCAGGACCGGGGGUUCCCCCUCUCCUUGGAGUCCCUGGAUCAAUUCUGCCACAUUGUUACUAUGUGUAUCUUCACAUGCACUGGUCAGCAUGCUUCGGCCCACCUGGGACAGCUAGACGAGUACUCCUGGAUCCCUAAUGGCCCAUGCACCAUGAGGAAGCCUCCACCCAUCUCCAAGGCUGUGACAGAGAAGGAUAUAGUAGACUCACUGCCUGAUCUCCACCAGGCCCGUAUGCAGAAGACGUUCAUCAAGUUCCUUGGCAGAUGUCAGCCAGUCAUGGUGGUCCUGGGGCAGCAUAAGGAGAAAUAUUUCUCAGGCCCUGGGCCCCAGGCUGUGCUGCAGCAAUUCCAGGAGGAGCUGGCUGUCAUGGACAGGGAGAUUAAGGUCCGGAAUGCAGGCUUGGACCUUCCCUAUGAAUACCUUCAACCUAGCAUGGUGGAAAACAGUGUGACCAUCUGAGAGGUCUUGCCCAUCUCAGUCCCAAAGCUCACUGUCCCCACACACCCUUGUACUCUUGUUCUCCAUGCCCAUGUUCUCUGCUAAACAGCUGCCCCCAAAAGCUGUGUCAUCAAGGUGCCUGAAGCUGCCCAUUACACAAUUUGGGGAAUAAACAAUGUUGUUCCCAUUGCACAUUGAAACCUGGGACCUUCUGUACUUGCCUACCUUAAUGUCUACAAGUUCUAUGCUUCCUUAACCUUUCAUCCCUCUUACCUCUUUCCCUUUCCCA